UGAGCGAGGCGUUAAUUAACACAUGUGCUUUGCUCAAUAUUUCUGAGCCAUUGUUAUGUUCAGAAGAAAGAUGGCUACACCAUCAUCCAGCUUCAGUAAAGACAUGAAACACAUCCAUUCACUAUUAAGUCUCUGCACCAGCUGUCGUAUGAGUAUUGCCGUCAAGGAGUGUAUUCAGGGUCCGGAGGGGCGGUUGUAUCAUAGAUCGUGUCUCUUGCAGAUGAGUUUCAGUCAAAACGUGGUAGAAGGGAUAGACUACUACCAAGAUAGAAACUACCUUGUUUCUAACAGAUCGGAAAAGAAUCAAAUGGAGACGUCCUUUGAUCUCUUACAACAGCAGUACAGUGGCGCUUUUGUUCAGCAGGAGUCUGGGAAAUUGUUUUCUAUGUCUGACGAUGACUUUAUUUUGUAGUCGUGAUGUCACGAUGGACGAAGAUUUUCUGUAAGAAUGGCAUCCAAUGCACAUUGUUACCAAUACAAUAGCAUCACGAUAUCUUUGCUGUUUCAUCAAUCGUUUUGACGUCUUGCUCGUGCACGUUUCAUCCUUGAUUGCCCAUCAAGGUCAAAUACAUAUUGUGAUAAAAAUGUCGAAAUAUUUGUGGCAUUGAAGAGAUUAUUUCGAAAUAAAGAAAUUCUCGUUCA